AAGCAGCCGACAAACAGAAGAUACUAUCUAGCAGCAUGGCGGGCCGCUCUGAGGCCGUCCUGCUUUCGCUGCUUCUACUCUUGGUACCGAGCCAGAGCCGUAACACCGGCUUACAUCCGGGCAGCGUGGUCAUCCUCAACCCUACUGGAGCUCCUCUCCCCACGGACAUCCCAGUAAGAGACUCGUCCGAAACCCCUAAUACUCCCGCAAAGGACCAAACCGGCGCAGGCUCCACCGAAGCCUCUGUAUCAAGCACCUUUGCAAACGUAGCCACGGAAGACAGUCCUGGAAACGUCCCUACAAACCUUCCUCCGGAUGUCCCAACGAGCCUUCCCACAAAGCUCGCAACGGAUGUCGCCAAGACAGAGCUGUAUAACCUGGACAAGAAUGAAACUGGGUCGUUCACGUCGCCCGUCCCUGAGAGUUCGCCGAUGUCGACGUACCCUCCGAGUACGUCCAAACAGGAGGAGAUCUUCAAUGAUCAGACGACGAUCUUGUCGACCGACGCGGUGACUGUGCCGCCAACGGACCGGUCAAGCACUGCUGCCGCUACCGACACGAGUCCGACUCCCGAAGACCCAAAGGGACCGUCAUGUGCAGCACCCGAUCUUCCACGAUGGAGACCAGUGCCCAAGACGCACCGCCUGCGGCUGUCAAGGGCUAACGCGGCCUGCGCCCCGAGCUGCGACUCCAACCGGACCCGGGACGAGGCUCCGGGAGCGACGCUGUCCCUCAGCAUACAGAACCUUGACGAGAUCCAGCUGGACCUGGAUCCCUCGAUGGACUGGUGGCCGGGCAGCAAGAACGGCAGCGUGGCCAGUCGUGGCACCGAGGUCCGGCUGGCGCUGCAGUCUCUCCAACAAGGAGCCGCGGAGCAGCCGUGCACGUUGGACGACUCGCUGCUGCUCUGGAACAAGGCGUACGUGGUGCCCGGGCUCACCGUCGGACCCGAGAUACUCACCCCGGGAAGCCACGCCCUCAGCCUUCACCUGUCCGGCUCGGAGCCCGGCUGCAGCGGCCAGGCCGCCUGGCUGCUCAACGUGAGCGUCCACGCGCGGGAGUGCUCCAAAUCGCCGCAGGACUCCGACACGUGCUCCGGCGGAGGCGCCUGCGUGCUGGAGCCUGGGCAAACGUCAUUCUCGUGCCGCUGCUGCCCCGGCCUCAGGAACCGCUUCUGCGAGGAGCGGGACGGCUGCUUCACAAGGCCGUGCCGCAAUGGCGGAUACUGCGUCGACAUAGCCGAGGGACUCACCGGCACCAUGUUCCAGUGUCUCUGUCUCAGAGGAUUCCGAGGACGUCGUUGUGAGGAACGCCUCAGUCCCUGCGAGACACUGUCUUGUCCUCAGGGCACGCACUGCGUUCCAUCGUCCAACGGCAGCCGCACCUGCGAGGAAGACGUAACUCCCGCACCCAGUGCCGCCGCGUCUGGAGUCUCGGACAUUCCAACCACGGGCACCGUACCCGUAGCCCCCAAACCAGACGCCGUUCCCGAAACCAGGAUGCCACCCGCUCCUCCGGUCAUAGCAUCGGCCACGUCCUCGUCUCCGGUGUCGUCGAGCAGCGCCGGCGCCUGUGCGGGUCGGCCCUGCGUGCACGGCAUGUGCGAAGAACGACGUCGCGACACGGACCUCCUGGUGGUCGGAGGCACCGACGAGGACCCAGGCUCGACGUUCAAGUGCUACUGCCUGCCGGGCUACGGCGGAGACCUGUGCGAGUUCGAGUACGACGAGUGCGACUCCGGGCCGUGCAGUCACGGGGCCCAGUGCGAGGACCUGGUGGCCGGCUUCCGAUGCCACUGCGGGCCGGGCUACGCCGGCCGGGCCUGCGAGAUCAAGGUGGACCUGUGCCGGCCGGACCCAUGUCCGCCGCCCGCCCAGUGCGUGGACCGCGGGAACAACUACAGCUGCCUCUGCCACCCCGGAUACGACGGUCCCGGGUGCACCCAACGCUACGACCCGUGCUUCCCGAACCCGUGCCAGAACGGCGGCUCGUGCUGGCCCAGCCUGGACUCGUUCUACUGCUCGUGUGCCAGGGGUUUCUCGGGGGACACCUGCGACACGCUCCUGCCCUUCAUGGCCGCCGCCCCGCACGACAAGCAGACUCCCGGCGCCCUGCCGCGCAGAGGAACUCCGGACACGGCCGCUUCCGGCCGCUCCGGCCCCGUGGACCAGCUGCACAACAUCUACAUCGCGGCAGCCACGCUGGCCGGGGCCUGCCUCAUCGUGCUGGCCGUGGUGACGGUGUGCCACUGCCGCGUCCACCACAGCUACCGGGGCUGCGUCAGGCGGCUGGGACGCUCCUGCGCCCAGCUCAAGCAACACACGCUCGAAGACCCAGACAAAUCCUGGCUGAACCUGCAUGGGAGCGCUUCUGAGCUGGCGGCGGAGCCGCUGGCUGCCGGCUUGGACAGCCUUCGGACGCCGCUCAUCCCGUGAUCGUCGUCCAGCGUUCCAGCCGCCCAGACUGACCCCAGCGGCGGGGGCCUUUUAUAGCGCCACUCCGUCAUCCGCUUGCGCCGCCAACGCUUCUCUCCGCUGUUUAGAGCAAGAGUUGAAGUUGAGCGCUACAAAGUAUCGCGAGAGGGAUCCGACCACGCCGGUGACGUGCCGGACCGCCAGCCAGCCGAUCGCCGCUCAAUGCCUGCUUCUUGGGUGCUGGCCACGUGGUCGAGAUGCCGGGAAAAAAAGUCUUUGUUCCAUUCUUCUUCUUUUUUUUUUUUUGUGGUUGUUCACUUUCUUGUAGCCGAUGAUGUUUACCUUGUUUUAUCCAUUGCCCUAUUUUAUGCGGAUGAGCAACAGCUGGUGGGACACAAGGUCUCAGUAUUGUCCCGCGAAUCAGACCUGGGUGAACUCCACAAUGGUAUGACGUCACAGAGCUGUGAGGAGUGUUGUGUGGGUUUGGCUUUCAGCCAGUUCACGUUCAUAUUCAACCGUGCAUUCAUCCAAAGACAGGCGCAGGAGCGUAGUUCUGCAGAAUCUAUGAACGCGCGUAGUCGCGCAACGCAUACACUUCUUAACGUUUCUCUCUAGCUCGCACUCGUUCUCCUCACAACGUUAGACUUAAAUCUUUUGAAAUAAAAUAUAGGUCGGGAUUGGCUGAAACCUUCUCUCCAGCAGCUGUUGAAAGGACGCGUAAUUUUGGGGUUUUAAAAACAUGCAGUACUGGCUUUCACAAUCAUACAAUCUACUAUAGAAAACCCUCUGAGCGAUUCGAUAGUCACUCCUUAAAAAAAUGUAAAUUGUACCGUUUUUUUUUUUUUUUCUUUUUUAAAUUGCUGUGGCGAAAUUGUACCUUUGUCUUUUUUUUUCGACCGCUGUCUCUCGCCCGUGGCAUCUGCUCGGAGUGGGUCCUUCACAGGGACACCAUACUUGCCUGUUACAUAGUUAGAACGAAGACAGACCUGACCAGCUCAACAAAGGAGCUUAAAUAAGAGGAAGGGGCAAAUCAAGUACCCUGCCCCCGAUCGCAAUUCCUCAAAGACUGCAGAGGAAACACCAUCGAGGUAAAUUAACAAGGAACCUGAGUCUGAUAGAGAGAACAGAGGGCUGAAAACACCAUCUAGAGAGGGCAUGGCAGGUCAAAUUGCGAUCUGGUUCCUUCACUUUUUGAACCUUCUUAGAUCUAAAGCUAACGUGUGCUGAUUAAUUUUUCAAUGAAGUCACUAGUUUGUCAUCAGAAUUGUUUGAUAACGAAAAUGUCCGUGCGACAUUGCCCGUAUUGCUCCCCAAGCUUGCAAAGUCGCUUCGUUGACAUCGGCAUUCGUUAGGACGUUGUAUAGUUAUGCGACCAGCAAAUGCUCUUCUUUGCUUUUCAAAAAUAUCACUGUUUAAGGUGAACACGUUCAGCAUUGCAGAGACCUUGUUGCGCGGCACAAUGGUGAAUGUCUCGGUCCUCUAGAAUCAUACGUAUAUUGCUAGUGUUGAAGGGUCACUUAAGCAUCAGAUCUUCUGUUAGUCAUUUCAGGAUGGUUGCGGCCAUAGCCUAAUUUUCUAUUCUCGGGCACCUGUAGCUCGCACCAUAUCGAAUGUUAGUGAAGACAUAGCAGUUCUCUUCGCGGAAAUGUUGCAAUUUUCAAAAGUAAGCCUCGAAUUAUUUAUAAGAUGUUGCUUUCUCCCUUGUUUUUACGGGAUGGCAUCGGAAAUGCUAUUCCUGGUCUCUAACGCAAUAUUCGGCUUAAGUGGCCCUUCUGAUGACUCGGGUAAAGCAGUUCCUUUAGCAUCUGCUUUGCAAAGCCGACAAUCGACGCAGAGAGUAGACAGGCACUAGGUCGUAACGACACACGCCAGAGCAUGUGAAACGCGCUCACGUGUGCACAAUACCGGGAAAGUUCCACAAUGCUUCUUUCCGGAAGCUGAGUCGAGAUGGCAACAAAUGCCGUAGGCGGGCGACAUAUAAAAAGCACCAUCAUGAGAUGACAAGCAGGCAAGAACACAAAACCAUAAAGUGGAAGAUAGCCAACUCCAUCUGUCGGCAUAAUGUUUUCACCCCCCCCCCCCCCCCCCCUAUUUCCUAAACUUAUCAAUGUUUCGUUGCCCUUGCAUGUUGAACACUUGGUCACAGCGUUUGAAAGCUCUUGUUUUCAUCUCAUCGUCCGAUCGACAAGGCUCUGCGCCAAUUUCAGCAGCCGGCACCUCUACAACCGCGUGUGAUGACCGCAAAGUGUCGAGUAUCCAGACUCCCCGCACGGCAUUUGUACGCUCACCUCUCGCAAGCUCAGUUCCACCAUGCCGCCCUCAGCUAGCCCACGCUGGCUGCAACCUUCGCUUGCGGCAAAACGAUCUCAACCGUUGCCACGGCCUACCGGGUCUUACCAUAGCGUCCUCGGCUCUAGAGUCGACAGAGAACCGGCCAAGUGUUCUUUUUUCCAGCCCGUUUAUUCUUUACGUGUUGUUGAGUGUCUCGAAGAUGUCGGUUUCUUGCCAACAGAAAACGCACCGUCUGAGCCAUGCAUUUAUUGGUCCCCGUUGCGUCCGGGAGUGUGCUCGUCCAUGUAUAAGCUUUGUAUAACGUUCCGCACUUGGCGUGGUAGUCUUUUCGUCUGUGCUUCGUUUCAACUCCAUCCGGCUCUACCGUCCCUCCUACCCAUCCAGAGAAGUAUCGACGCCGCAAAAACCAGUAUUGCGCGGCGCGCCUACAUGUGUGCUUUUUUGUUGGCCACGGUUUGACAAUAAAAUACCGUGUGUACAGGACCAAA